GAAGCUGAGCAGCUGGCCAUGGAGUCAAUGAAGGUGCGGAGGAAGAUACUAGGUCAGGGGCAUGAAGACAUGUUAUGGAGUAUGGCGAUGCUAGGGUCAGCGUACUGUAUUGGAGGGCGAUUGAGUGAUGCAGAAGAACUACAGAAGCAAGAUUUGGAGACGUCCAAGUCAAAGCUGGGAGAAGACCAUCUAAACACGCUGGUUAGCAUGGGUAACUUGGCAUCAAUAUAUAAAGACCAGGCCCGCUGGAUAGAGGCAUUAGAGCUAGAGGAGCCAUUGUUGGAAAUAAGGAAGAGAGAGCUAGGAGAAGAACAUCUAGAGACACUGGCUAGCAUGAACAACCUGGCGUCAACGUACUGGAAGCAAGGCCACUUAGAUAAGGCAGAAGAGCUAGAGGAGCAGGUGGAACCUUCGACGUGA